CUGUUGUUUUUGCCGCAGCUUGAUUUUUCACUCUUUCUUCAUCAAUUUCUCCUCCCUUUCUCUCUGCCUCUCAAUUCUUUCUCAGGAUGCUCUCGAGAAGAGUCCUAGUUGCGUCGCGCUUUCUGCGGGCUCAUCGAACUCCUCAAUUACGAUACCCUUUUCCAGCUGUAGCGCAGCAGUUCCGCACCUAUGCGGACAAGAUCGUGAAGGUGCCAGAGAUGGCAGAAUCUAUCUCUGAGGGAACAUUAAAACAAUGGUCGAAGCAAAUUGGUGAUUAUGUUGAGCAGGAUGAAGAAAUUGCAACCAUUGAGACGGACAAGAUCGAUGUAGCUGUCAAUGCACCUGAGGCUGGUACAAUCAAGGAGUUUCUGGCAAACGAGGAAGACACGGUCACCGUUGGUCAGGAUCUGGUUCGCAUUGAGCUUGGUGGUGCCCCCGAAGGAGGAGAGAAGGAGAAGGGAGGCGCGGAACCUAAGGAUGCUGCUUCAAAAGAGCAACCAACUUCCUCGGAUCCAGAACCAUCAAAGAAGGACGAGUCAAAAUCAAAAGAUGACUCAAGUCCAGCUCCUCCACCUCAGGAGAAGAAGCCAGAACCCAAGAAAGAAACUCCUCCGAAGCAAUCCGAGCCAAAGAAGACAGAGUCGAAACCAAGCUCUACACCUACAUUGGGAAGCCGUGCAGAGCGCCGUGUCAAGAUGAAUCGCAUGCGCCUACGCAUUGCCGAGCGUCUGAAGCAAUCUCAAAAUACCGCAGCCUCUCUCACAACCUUCAAUGAGGUCGAUAUGUCUUCGCUCAUGGAAUUCCGGAAGUUGUACAAGGAUGACGUUCUCAAGAAGACUGGCGUAAAGCUUGGGUUCAUGAGUGCCUUCUCACGUGCCUCCGUACUUGCCAUGAGAGAUAUCCCCGCCGUGAAUGCUUCUAUCGAGGGGCCGAACGGAGGUGAUACUAUUGUGUACCGUGAUUACGUAGACAUCAGUGUUGCUGUCGCUACCGAGAAGGGUUUGGUGACUCCCGUAGUACGCAACACUGAGGCUAUGGACCUGAUUGGAAUUGAAAAAUCUAUUGCGGAUCUAGGCAAGAAGGCUCGUGACAGCAAACUUACCAUUGAGGACAUGGCUGGUGGUACCUUCACGAUCAGUAACGGUGGCGUCUUUGGGUCGUUGAUGGGCACUCCUAUCAUCAAUUUACCACAAACUGCCGUCCUUGGGUUACAUGCUAUCAAGGAUAAGCCAGUCGUUGUGAAUGGGCAAAUUGUGAUUCGACCGAUGAUGUACUUGGCCCUCACCUAUGACCAUCGUCUUCUAGACGGCAGGGAGGCUGUACAGUUUUUGGUUAAGGUCAAGGAAUACAUCGAGGAUCCUCGACGUAUGCUGUUGUAAAUAGCAAGCAGCACUUGCAUUCUAGAACAUCAAGCAUCUAGACAGUAUAAAGGUUCUUUUGGGAAUCCGUCCUAGGAACUGUAUUUGUACAGUAGUAAUGACAUGCAUUUUUGGCAUUCUGUACUUUCUCAU